UCCUACGGCCCUGCAAAACAAGAUUCAAACAAAAAGAAAACAAAAGAGCAUGCCUACGGCCCGGCACAUGUGCACUCAGGAGCGUCCAGUUUCGGCGAGCAUCCAAACUCUACGUAGGCCGCUAAUACUGCAAUGAAAAGAGUGCGGCACAUUUCUCGCAGACGUGCAUACGGUGCCCUUUUGCUGCUCGCAAUUGUUUCUGCAAUUUUUUUGUGCUUCCAAAUCUUCUCCGUAAAGAAACUAGGCAGCUUUGAUCAUUAUGGAAAGAAGUCGGAGCUCAUUCUAAGACCAACACAGCAGAAAAGGCCGUCCGAACUCGACUCGAAAGAUGUGUCAUUCAUUGACCAUGCUUCGGCAGUUCGAGGCGUCUUGCCAGAACAUUGGCAUCUCUAUAAAAUACCUGCAGACGGAACAUUUAUGUGUUUCGAUAAACGGCUGAGCAUUCCCUACAGCUACUUGAAUGAUAAUUACUGCGACUGCGACGAUGGCAGUGACGAACCAUCGACGUCCGCGUGCGAAUCCGCCAGGUUCUAUUGCGAUUAUCAGCCCGCGGAUUGGCCGUUAGUGCUGCGAAGUAACCGAGUUAACGACGGCAUCUGCGACUGCUGCGACGGUUCAGACGAGUGGGACUACACAGAACUUCCUGCCGCCUUGAAGUUAUCCGUUUCGUAUCUUGACAGAAUCAGAACAGCAACAACUCACAAGAUACAAACACCAUGCAAAAACUACUGUGAUAAAAUUGAUCAGUUAGAGGAGAGUCUGAAGCAUAUGCAAGAGGAAGGGGCCAAACGGAAAAAGCAGUACAUAGAGGAAGGGAAAGCACAUGCAAGGGGUGACGUCAUCGUUCACUUCAAGUGGCUUCAACUUCGUGACACUAUCUACAGGUUGACCUUCACAGCAUACGGGAGGAAGGAGCGUAGCAAUGCUGACUGGUAUGAGGCUCACUGGCAAAAGAUGCAUCAUGUAACGGAAACCAAGAGGAAAGCACUGCUGGCCAACAAACAGAACCCCUGCUCCAACACACGUGACGCCCUCAGACUAUAUGGCAGGGCAGGUGAAUACCACAAGCUCAGCAAAAUGUGCUUCAAGUUUGACCACAGUGGGUUUGUGUACAACGUGUGUCCGUUCAAGCACGUAGAUCAGCUCACCAAUACCCAUGGAAAGCUCAGCCUGGGAGACUCUCCUAAUUUGAAGCUAGACAGGAAGACGGGAAAGUGGGUGCUCAGUAUGUUCCGUGGCAGCACAGCAGGAUGUAUGAACAAGGAGAGGCAAUCCAAGAUUGUGUUCGAAUGUGGAGUGGAAGACAAGGUGCUAUCAGUCAGCGAGGAUGAGAAGUGUAUCUACGAGUUUCAUAUGUCCACCCCUGCAGCAUGCUAACAACCUGGCAGCUGCUCACUACCGCCUGUUGUCAUCCGUUUAGGUUGUGGUAUCUUUUGUUAUCCUAUCUUCUGCUUGACAUGAUUGACAGGCAGCUGUAUCCAAUCAGCUUCGCACUACGACCUUCUAAAAACAGUGCUUAGUGCUGCUGGGUCCAUAUUUUGGCAUGCGUCACCGUACAAUGUUAUAGUUUAGCUUGACUGACUUAGCAUCAGUAUCUAGGGGGCAUGUUUAUCUUUCUAACGCAGGUAGGUCUCUGGUAAGCACACUGUGAAUACAUCUAUGAACAGACAACAUAAAGGAAAUGCUCAAGCUAACCCAGAUUGUAAGAUCAUUAGUACGUUAAUUGAAUGUUAAUUGUACCAAUUUCGUGUGUCUAUUAGCUACUCCUAAAUGGUUGAAGAGGCCAUAAUAGUAUUGGGUUUAUUAAUACUGUAUCAAUUUGCCAUCUCGCUUUUUGGGGAGGGGGUAGAUUUGAAGGAAAUCUUAAUCCUGUAUGCAAAUAAACCUUAUUCGUCAAGCAUGCACCCACAUUGAACAGUCCUAUGAAGAGAUAUUUAGGUUACUGUAGAGUCACUUAUUUUCGUGGGUUCCAAUUUUCGUGGUUUCAGUAAAAAAUACAUGUUCGUGGGUUCUUAAAUUCGUGGAUCAAGCCUUCCAAGAAUUUUUUUUCAACAACAAUGCCAACAAACAGAUUACUAACCUGAACUAUAUAUGUGACUGAUAUAACUGACAUAUGUACAUAAUAUUUCGUUGGGUACAUAAAUUCGUGGAUUGAUGGACCCACGAAAUCCACGAAAAUUAGAACCCCACGAAAAAAGGAUUUUACAGUAUUUACAUGGUGUUGGUUUCUGUAAUUUCCAGAUUUUUAGAGAAUAGUCUAUUUAUUAUUCGGAAUAGAGCCAGAUUGCAUAAUCCAGAAAGAAGGGGAUGGAUGGCUCAUUUACAUUACACAAAGCAAAUAGACUAAAUUUGAAAUGAACCCAAUAGCCCCCUCAAACCAAGAUGCAGGUAUGUGCGUAAAAUGCUUUGAAAUUUUAAGCACUAGUUGCCACGUUGUAAUAAGAUGCAAGCCAUAAGGUGUGUGUAAGCAUUUCUGACCACAUAGAAAUAGCUUGCCGAUAAACGAUAAUUGUAUAGCACUUGUUAGGGUGACAAAGAGUUACAGGUUAGAGCAUUCCCAUUAAUUAAUUAAUGGUUAGACAAUGCUCUUGUUUAUCAUUGGGGAGCUUUGUAGUUCUCAUUGAUUUCUCAUUCAGCAAUGAGAAAGUCGUUUAUAACGGAUCAAGAACUAUCAUAGAUACAUUCAGGAUGUAAAUAUUAAUUAUAAAAGUUAAUAUAACAUUAAUUUUAUGACAUAUAUUCUAUUUUGACAUUAAUUAGCAAAGCAGUUUAAUGUAAAUAGUUAUUUAGUAAAUGUGACAGCACAUCAAAUACCAAACUAGUAUGUCAUCUGCUAGGAAAUUUCAUUCCAGUAAUGUGCAGUUUUAAAUGUGAAGUUACCUAAACAAAUGAAAAAUAUAUAUGUAUACACGAUAUUGUGAAUAGAAAAUAUUUUGUUUGGUACAAUCUGUUUACUAAUUAAAAUCAUAAACGUGUGCUCUCCUGCCAAAAAUUUAAUAUUUAUUUCAUAAAGUAUCUUAACAUGUGUAAAGUUACACUAAAGUCAGUUGAUUUGCACUUUUUUUAAAGUGCAUGCACUUUAGAUUCAUUUCGGGUUCAAUUAAUUACAAUUAAGGCACUAAUCCGUAUAUUGGACUUUUAUUUUAUGAAUGCAAUGUUUUAAAAAUCUAACUAGAUGUUCCUUAGUUAUACAUUUCUAUAUAAUUCUGUGCUCUACGUCAGCAAUAAUGGGGCUUGAUCGAUGGAGAUAUGUUAAAUAUACGUUUUCAGACCGAGGAAUAGUUUGAUAAACAUAAAAUUCCACACUUGCAGUUGCUGUGAGUACGGACAUGAUUGACGAACGCAAAGUGUACCACUAACGAGUCCUAAUAACCAAACAAAUGAAUAUACAAUUACACAUUAAGUUAUUCAAGCCAUUCUAUAAAUUGUAUAAAAUAACGCAUGAACUAUAACAUUAAAUGCCAACCAAUAAUCAACAGCGGUACUUGCUCACGAUACAUGUAACACUUGUCACGAAGUUGUAUAUACAGCUAGAUUAAUUACCCCUUUAUUCUAAAUUCAAAAAAGCUCUGCAAUGUGCAUAUUUUUACGAACACCGGCAUGUAAGCGACGUUCGAAAAAUUCUAUUACAAGGCCUUGGAAAGGAUCAGCACCCAGUUAUGUGCGUGACAUCUCGCUUGCUCUGGGUAAGGCUGACUUGGGAUCAGUAUGUCUUCCGCGCUCGUCGCCGCUGGUUACUGUAUCACUUACUAGUGCACUAAUUGAUUAAAGAUAUUUCAUAUAAAUUGCCAGCAGACUAUAUACGUGAGGUAUAAAUGAAAUAUACAUUUUUUUUUUUUUGCUCAGACUUGGGUCUCUUCCCAAGAACUG